UCAAAAGAAGAAGACCAGAAGGACAAGUAGUGUCGCUGUCGCAGUCACUACCCGAUUGCGACGGCCAAUUAUAUUCAUCCAAAUAAUAAUGGCGGCCCUUGCGACACCGCUGUUUCGUAGUCGAUCUUCCUCGGCUGUCCCUGUCUCCGUGGUAGGCUGUUGGCGUCUGUUGUCUCACUGCUGGACUCGGACUCGGACUCGGACCGCAACGUCCUGCCGAAGCUUGAGUGAUAGAACCGGGGAGAAAAACACUCAUUUCGGCUUCGAAACUGUCCCGGAGGCCGAAAAGGCUAAGAAAGUUUACAAGGUGUUUGAGAACGUGGCUCAGAAGUACGACGUGAUGAAUGACGCCAUGAGCCUGGGCAUCCAUCGUCUGUGGAAAGAUGCGCUGCUGCACGUCAUACACCCCCAGCCGGGGGCGUGUCUCUUGGAUGUGGCUGGUGGAACAGGUGACAUCGCCCUCCGAUUUCUAGACUAUGUGGAUUCACAAAAAGAGCGUCAGGCGCACACGCCAGCGCGGCAGCCCCUUUCUGGCGACGACAAAGGUGGAGUGCAGACAUCCAGAGCGGUGGUCUGUGACAUCAACAGAGAGAUGUUGAAAGUGGGCAAGGAGAAAGCCCGGCACAGGAGCGUCAGUGCUAAUCUUUCGUGGGUGGUGGGGGACGCGGAGGAGCUACCGUUCGACGAUCAGCAGUUUGACAUUUACACCGUGGCCUUCGGCAUUCGGAACGUCACACGGAUUGAACUGGCCCUUCAAGAGGCGCAUCGAGUCCUGAAACCAGGCGGCAGGUUCGUGUGUCUGGAGUUCAGCAAGGUGACCCAUCCGCUCUUGGCCAGUCUUUACGACGCAUACAGCUUUCAGGUGAUCCCGGUUUUGGGCGAAGUGAUUGCCGGCGACUGGAAGUCAUACCAGUACCUGGUAGAAAGCAUCCGCAAGUUUCCCGCUCAGGAGGAAUUUAAGGACAUGAUGGAAGAUGCGGGUUUGUGCUGCGUACGCUACCACAACCUAACCGGUGGCGUGGUCGCCCUUCACUCAGGUUUUAAACUGUAAAGUGUACGACCAUGGCACCUCGAGGCUUAUUUGUCCUGAACACUUGACUACUCUAUGAAUGCUCUUUUUUUGACCGUUUUUGAAACUUGAGCAUCUUUAAAAAAAAUUUUUUUACCCAAAGUCUGGAUGUGCAAUUUGUACAACAUAGUUGAGAAAUUCUUUUCCCCUCAGAAACAUUGGGGCACUGCAAAAAAAAAUUUUUUUUUUUUUUAAAUCCCGCAAAUAAUUUGGCAGCCUUCAUUUUCAAGCUGAAAUCGGCCCGAAAGCCUGCAUUAAUUCAGGUAAUAGGUGUUUUUACUACCAGAUAGAAUAGACAAUUCAAAGCCAUAAUUCAUGAAAAUUGACAGAACGAGCCGAUCACAAAAUGCGAUGCAACAUUUUUAUUAAUGCGCUCAUGAAGACGACGAGGACGGCGGCCAACAUUUAAAAGCUUGAGCUCAUGCGGACAUACAGCAACCCGGGAUACACAAAUAAAUAUUUCAUAUUAACAAUACUGGAUAGCAGUCUACGCCGACUCCCGACAGCCGUCGCGGCACAGACCUGCUGUAAAAUGGGAACGUGCGCUCGGUCAGAAACGCCGGCGCAUAAAAUGACACCGUAGCGUGUAUGAUAUUUAGUCAUGGGAAAUAAGUCAUCCGUCACCUUGUUUUGGUCAAUUUCAAUUACAGCUAAAAGCAUGCGACUUGACCGAAAAGAACCAUUGACCUUAACCUUAUAAGACAGCCUGAUCUUCCAUUAUGAAGCCAUUUCAAUUUGUCAGCCUUGUAAAGAAAAGUCUUUUCUUCAGCCCAAUCAAUACAGUCCCUUGCAGUUGGUCAUGGAAAAAAAAAACAGAUCUUCAUUUCAAUGCCAAUUCUGGUGUAACAAUUUCUUGGCAACUAUAAGCGCUAGAAGCUAAUUAGCUGGGGGAAGAGUUCACUGGUCAUGUUGUCCCACGGGCUCGCCGAGCACAGCGGGGAGGGUACGUCGCUGAAGGGGGACGGGGAGCCCUCGUAUCCGGAGUCGCUGUAGGUGUCCGCCGGGCAGGCCUCCCGCCGCGAGGAGGCGGCGGCGGAGAUGGCCACGGCAGCCGCGCAAAGGAAUUCAUCCAUCUGUCCGGAGAUGACCAAUUCCUCCGGCUCGUCUUUGACGGAGGCGUCAUCCUCCGCCGAGUCGUCGGCGACCGGGUAGGAAGCGGUCGUGCCGUCGUCGUCGUCAUCGUCGUCUUCGUGAUCAUUUUCUUGGCAGUUAUCCUCUGCCGGUUUGGUGUAAACGUGAUCCAACUGGAUCAGUCCAUUAAGGGCCUCCAGCUUGAUUGAUGGCGCCCCCAUAGACGCAGGUGCGGCGGCAGGUACCGGGUCCACCUGGAGCUGCUCACAGGAUGUGAAUAAAAGCUCUGGGUCCAGGAUGUCCAGCAUACCCAGGAGUAGAUCAGACUAGUGAGGCAAAAGAAAAAAACCAUUUAAAACAUUGAAAACCUUUACCGGAAGGAAAAUCAACCUAUUUAGAUUUACUAGAAAAUGCCAUUGCCGAAGACAAAGCAACGGUAACUUUGCUGUGACAAGUAAAGCCUUCCUGUUGAUUUGGGGGCAUUUCUGUGUCUCCCUCCUUUAACACACCUGCAUCAGAUGAUCAGCAGGAGCCUGAUAAUGAUCCUGAUUAUUUGAGUCAGGUGUGUUGGAGGACACAGAAACCAAGCUGGAUAGAGGCUCUCGAGGAAUACCGCUGACCUAGUCCAUUCAUCCCCCUCCCAGGCAACAUGGAUUGGACAUCAAGUGCUGUCCAAUGCAGCCAUUGAGUGCCCUAUAAUUAGUAAAAUGUCAGAUUUUUUGGGUGCAUUUUUCCCCCCCAUUUGUUUUUCGCAAUAGUGCCAGUUUUUUUUUUUUUUUUUUUGGUCUUUUAGUUCAGUGUUUUUUGCAUUUUCAAUAUAUUAUUUUUUAGUGGCUUUUUUUGUUUUUGAUUGGGAGGGGGUUCGGGUAGUGCGUUGUUUGAAUGUAUGUUGGGCACAACAAACCUAAUCUACAUAUAAAUAAUAUGACAAGACACGAUUCAACCCACAACUAACGCGUCAGGGCUUCUCUAUAGAGAAUAGGACAUCUAGCGCUGUCUGCUGACGGGUUUCCAUACUUAUCCUUUUGUGAUAUUUGGCUUUAACACAAACAGGGUUAGGCACCAACCUCAUUGUCUGCAGCGUCAGGAUAAUCCGAAUCCAUUGAGAAGUCUUCAGGUUUCGGAACUGCUGGGUCUGUACCUGCUGCAGAGGCACACGUAGCCUGAGUGCUGCGGACUCAGAAGACCCGAUUCCCAAACCUGCGUCUUUCCCGCCGGACGCCGGAACCUGAAAGGAGGAAAAGGCUUUUCAUUUGCUGCGUUCGCUCCUCCCAGGCCUUCCGGUCGCACCUUCUCCUCGGUGUCCAGGGCGCACAAUCCGAGUCUGUGCUUCAGUUCGUCAUUUUCAGUAAGCAGGCCGCCAUUUUUUUCCCGAAGAAGUCUAUUCUCAAUAUGAAGUUUUUGGUUCUGGGGAGAGGGGGGGGGGGGGAUUAAAAGUUUGUCGUCCUCGUUCUAUGGACGCUUUUCUCUACAAAUCAAACUAGGUCAUUCAAGACUAGAGCGGCUUGCGCAAUAGAAUUUAACCUUCCAGUCAAUGUAAAAAAUACCUCCAAUUCCAACUCUAGGACCUGCUGUUCUAGUUCACCCAUUUUGGCUUUUUUCCUGUCCCUGGCAGUUUGGGCCGCAACUCUGUUCUUGAGUUUCCUGCAAGGAGGCAGAGGGGAUAACGGACAUGUCAGCCAUUCUAUCUGUGAUGCGUGAUGCAAAUGGACAUUUGCGCAAACGCACACACACA